CGCUCCCAUAGGGAGCUGUGAUUGGAGCGGGCCUGCGAGCCUCCGGGGUCGUGACAUCGCCGCGCAACAAAAAGCCCCGUCGGCGGGCGGGCACCCCCGGCAAUAGAGCGGUGCGGGGCGGGCACCGGGCGCUGUCCCCUGAAGCCGUCGCUCCCCACCCUCUUUUUUUUUCCCUUUCCUUUUCCCCUCCUUUCUCCUCCCUCUUUUCUUCUUUCUUUUUAAGGGAGCGGGGAAAAGUCAAGCUUCGCCUUAAUGCCGCUGCGGGAGCCUCGGUAAAUGUCCAUCUGUCCGACGCGGGUGAUGCAAAAGGACUUUUUUGUUUUUUGCCUUGAAAAGGAGCUUUUUAACUCCGUAGACACAUAGGGACCCAUUCACGGGCAGGCACACGCACACACACUCGAGGAGGAGGAAGAAGAAGAAGCAACAACUUUUCGAUCGCUGCUUUUAAAAGAGAGAAGCCCUUCCCUGGCCGGGACUUGCCUUCUGCCUCCUCACCCAGCUGCUAAAAGUAUGUUUCUGAGGCGGACCGUACUUCAGAGAACUUCUCUUUUCUGCUCGGCAGCUGUAGAGGAGCAGCAGCGAAGUUCGGAGUAACACCAAGUGAUGCGGGAAAAACACCCCGAGAGCAGAAAACCCUCCUGCAGACACAACCCCUGCUGCUGCUGCACACAGGUUGAUCAUGGUUGCCGCGACCCGCUCCCUCCUGGCGCUGCUGCUCUGCCAGGCGCUGCUGGGCGGCGCGGCCGGCCUCAUGCCGGAGGUUGGCCGGCGCCGGUUCACCGAGCCGGGCCGCGCCGCCUCGGCCGCGCAGCGCCCCGAGGAUCUGCUCAGCGAGUUCGAGCUGCGCCUGCUCCACAUGUUCGGCUUGAAGCGGCGGCCCAGCCCCGGCAAGGACGUCGUCAUCCCCCCCUACAUGCUGGACCUCUACCGCCUGCACGCCGGGCAGCAGCAGGGGCAGGCGCCGGCCCUCGGGUACCCGCUGGAGCGGGCCGCCAGCCGAGCCAACACCGUCCGCAGCUUCCACCACGAAGAAGUUUUGGAAGAACUGCCAGAAACAAGUGGGAAAACAGCACGGCGUUUCUUCUUUAAUUUAACUUCCAUCCCUAAUGAGGAGUCUAUCACCUCAGCUGAACUCCAGAUUUUUCGGCAGCAGGUGCACGGAGCCUUUGAGAACAACAGCAGCUACCAUCACCGUAUUAAUAUUUAUGAAAUUAUAAAGCCAGCCACAGCCACCUCUAAGGACCCUGUCACAAGACUUUUGGACACCAGGUUGGUGCAUCAUAAUGCGAGUAAAUGGGAAAGUUUUGAUGUUACGCCAGCUGUUUUGAGGUGGAUUGCACAUGGACAUCCUAAUCAUGGGUUUGUGGUAGAGGUGGUUCACUUGGACAAAGAGAACAGUGCCUCCAAGAGGCACGUUAGGAUUAGCAGGUCUUUACAUCAGGAUGAAGAUAGCUGGUCUCAGCUCAGGCCAUUAUUAGUAACGUUUGGGCAUGAUGGCAAGGGACACCCGCUCCAUAAAAGAGAAAAGCGUCAAGCAAAACACAAACAGCGUAAACGCCACAAAUACAGUUGCAAAAGGCAUCCGUUAUAUGUGGACUUCAAUGAUGUGGGGUGGAAUGACUGGAUUGUUGCCCCACCGGGGUAUAGUGCCUUUUACUGCCACGGGGAAUGUCCUUUUCCACUGGCAGAUCAUCUAAACUCAACAAACCAUGCCAUUGUUCAGACUUUGGUCAAUUCAGUGAAUUCCAAAAUCCCCAAGGCUUGCUGUGUGCCGACAGAACUGAGUGCUAUUUCCAUGCUCUACCUUGAUGAGAAUGAAAAAGUUGUAUUAAAGAACUAUCAAGAUAUGGUUGUGGAGGGUUGUGGGUGCCGCUGACACAGCAAAAGUAUAUUAGACAAAUGCAAAAGGUUAAAAAUAACCCCCCCAAGCUGACACUUUAAUAUUUCCCAAUGAAGACUUUAUUUAUGUAAUGAAAUGGAAAGAAAAAGAAAAAAAAAACACAACUAUUUUGAAAAUAUAUUUAUGUCUACGAAAAGAAAAAAAAAGUUGGGAAAACAAAUAUUUUAAUCAGAGAAAUAUUCCUUUAAAGAUUAAAUGUAUUUUAGUUGUACAUUUUAUAUGGGGUUCACCCCAGCACAUGAAGUAUAAUGGUCAGAUUCUUAUUUUGUAUUUAUUUCCUAUUAUAACCACUUUUUAGAAGAAUAGCUAAUUUGUAUUUAUAUGUAAUCGAAAAGAACAAAAAAUAUAGGGUUUGUACAUAAUUUUCCAAAAUUGUAGCUGUUUCAAUUGUGUGUAUUUAAGUUGGAGGAGAAAAAAAGAAUACAUGGAAGGUUACUAUGGCAAAGUGCAUAGCACAUUUGCUUUCUGCUGUGCUACUGUUAAGGUCACAAGUUCAAGUCCAGAAAAAAAAGUGGAUAAUCCACUCUGCUGACUUUCAAGAUUAUAUUGUACAAUUCUCAGGAAUGCUGCAGGGUGGGCUGUCCAAUCCAUGAGAACUGGCGUCCUCUUUAGGUGGAACAUUUGGAUAAGAACCAGACGUUGCUGAUCUAGUAUAAAUACUGCGAUGCCCAACUCACUUGCAGUGGGAAUUUAAGGAGGGCCAAUAGAAACCCUAUGGGAGGUGGGGAGGGUGGGGGAAGGCUGAAUCCUUUCUAGACCUACAGAAAAGUGAAUGUUUGAUGUUUCCUUUCAAAGUCCUUCCUUUAAAAGUCCUGGCCAAAUAUAAAAUAAUAAAAACUAAAAUGUCA